AUGACUCCACCUGGAGAAGAAGAAAGUGAUCCAUCUGACAAUGCUGUCAGUAAUUCUGAAGAAAGUGUUCCAAAUGAUUCUAAUACAGAUACAGAACCUUCAUUUGCUGAUUGCAGCGGGGUCUAUCAAGUGGAAACUGACCAAAUUGAUGGACAGCCAAAUACACCAGUCUCUCAGGAGGCGGGUGAUCCCCAGGCAACUGAAAAUAACGAGUAUGAAGUACAGAAGACCAAGAAAGAUUCUCAAGAAGAAGAUUCCAAAGAAGAUCCUCUGCCAAUUCUGAUCCCCAUUCCUAGAAAAUUAUUUUCUCUCAUGUCAGGAUUAGGGAGAAUUAUCUAUCUGAAUAUCCCAUUAGGAACAAUUGAUAACAACAAUCCCUUAACCAACAGAUCAAAAUUUUACUCAGGGAAAGUGGAGAUGAAAACAAGUGGUUUCUCUCAUACCACCGUAAAGCAAAAUAUUCAUCUCCAACUUUCAGAUUCAUGGAGAAUCCCAUUCAUUAACAAUCAGGAUUUAAGAAAAAUGAUUCUCCGUCUGCUACUUGGGAGAAAUAUCCCUCAGAAAGGAGGUCAUAAAAGUGCCAUGCAGAAGAAGCAAAAAUAUACACCAUUUCUUCCUCCCCAAUAUUCUCUCCCCUGUGUUGAGAGAAGCUUAAUAUUUGGAAGGCCUAUGAGGGUGUAUUACCACCUUCCCCUCAGUGAGAGAAUGGCAUCACAAAAAUUUUGCAAACCUAGUUAUACUAAACAGAAAACUGAAUUCAAAAUUUUUGUGAGACCAAUGUUUUAUGUCCCACAAGUCCAAAGGCGAAACACAUUUAUCAGGAAAACUUUGGAGGAUUCUUUGAGACCUCCUCAAAAUAUACCAAUUGUGAUCAUAGGAACCAACAAUGAUUGGAAAUACCGCUGUCCUAUCUGUGGGAACAGUUUCAACACUUUAGUUGAAUUUAGACAGCAUUCCUGCAGAUUUCCUUGA